GGGGCUGCUGCGAAGGCUCAAGAGAAUUGUUAGGCAAAGCAACGUCGGAGGGAGACAUUCAUGCCAUCGCCAUCGAACUCACCGCCGAUGCUGAGCAAUUGAUAUUUGGGGGAAAAAAAUACAAAAUAACUGGAUUGGUAGGAGGGAGCAUUUAUACGCUGUAUGACCUUGCACUGAAUGUCAUCAAAAAAAACAACACGGAAAGGUCAUCAGACAUGGAGAUUGUCACACAUCUGAUUAAUGACACCAUAGAAUUCUACAAAUGGACCUUAACCAUCGCAGACAAGCGAGUGGAGAAAUGGCCCCUGAUGGACAACCCCCUGCCCACGUUGGCCAUCAGUGCAUCCUACCUGCUGUUCCUCUGGCUGGGGCCCAAAUACAUGAAGAACAGGGAGCCCUUCCAGCUCCGCAAAACACUCAUUGUCUACAACUUCAGUAUGGUCUUCCUCAACUUCUUCAUCUUCAAAGAGCUGUUUAUGGCAGCCCGGGCAGCCAGCUACAGCUACAUUUGUCAAAGGGUGGACUACUCAGAUGACCCCAAUGAAGUCAGGGUGGCAGGCGCUUUGUGGUGGUAUUUCAUCUCCAAAGGCAUCGAGUACCUGGACACAGUGUUUUUCAUCCUGAGGAAGAAGUUCAAGCAGGUCACCUUUCUGCACGUCUACCACCACUGCACCAUGUUCACGCUCUGGUGGAUCGGCAUCAAAUGGGUGGCGGGAGGACAGUCUUUUUUUGGUGCACACAUGAACGCGGCGAUCCAUGUGUUGAUGUACCUCUACUAUGGCCUGGCUUCCUGUGGUCCGAAGAUCCAAAAGUACCUGUGGUGGAAGAAGUACCUGACCAUCAUCCAGAUGAUUCAGUUCCACGUCACCAUCGGCCACACAGCUUUGUCCCUCUACGUCAACUGUGACUUCCCUCACUGGAUGCACUACUCCCUAAUCUGCUACGCCAUCACCUUCAUCAUCCUCUUCGGCAACUUCUACUACCAGACCUACCGCCACCAGCAGCCCAGGCGCGACGCCUCCUCCUCCUCCUCCUCCUCCAAAGCAGGCAAGGCCAUCUCCAACGGGGCCAUCAACGGACUCAGCAAGGCUGCCAAUGGUGCGGCGGCGGUGAGCAAAGACGACAAACCCCAGGAAAACACUAGCAAGAGAAAGAGGAAAGGAAGAGCAAAAAGAGAUUAGAGAAAAUGGCUGUGGUAAGCUAGAUCUGCUUUGAGUUAUAUAGUGUUCACCUGCAGAAGACCUAAUUUAAAGAAAGAUGGAUGCGGUAAACGUGCGAUGUAUUCAUUUCAAGACAUGAUGAGACUGGCUUUGUGUUGAGAGAGCGCCGUUUUGCUAGUAUGAGAGGUUAAAGGUCAUACAGAGGCCCCCAUUAUCACGAAUAGGGCAAAAUACUCUCGUGUCAGAUCCGAGUGUUUCUUCUCUCUCUAGUGGUGCAGCCGUGGACUGAUGGGGAAUUAACAUUCUCUGGAUCUUUUGGAAAGAAAUAUUAUCACAGGAAUACUUGUGCAUACACACAAUCAUGUCUGUUUAAAUUGUACACACGUCUUUCACAUGUAUGAAGCUGAUCAUGUUCUAAAGUCGUUGACUGGUGAGUUGCUAUGAUAAUCCUAGAGGAACUGCCGCUGUAACAUGGCAGAAGUCAUCAUAUCGUACAUAAUGUCAAAAGACGUCCAUCCGUUGUUCACCCAAUAUUGUAGUAAAGAUGGAAGAAACUGUCAAUAUCAAGUGGUAUGUUGUAAGUAAAGAUAGCAAGAUAAUAUUUUGUUUUAUUCUUUUGGAGUUGGAUGUCAGUCUUCCAUCGCAUAUGGAGGUGCUGCAGGUCUCAAAGUGAUAUUCAGUAAAAGUGUAAAAUAUUUGACAGUAUUUCUGAAUGGAACGUAUGUUUUGUAUGUCCCUACUUGUUUGUAAUGUGACAAAGUGGACCUCCAAUGUCAUUUGCUCAGCCGUAUGUUGAGUUUAAUAUGUUUGCUCCUGUUUUUUUUUUCGAUUUAUAUUGUCAUUUUAUUGCUUGUCUAAUAAGCUGGUGAAAAACGUUGUGCGCUUAAAGGUCAUGUUAUUGUUUAAGAGUAUUCAAAGCUAGCUAGCUAACAACUUUUUUUUGUUUUAUUUAAAUUGAUUUCAUUCUUAUGGUCAAAUACUUUAAAUGUUUUGAUAGUUUUAUGUUUACAGGCUUAGUCCAUGCUUAGUCCAUGUCUUCAGCUGGCUGAAUGUAAACAUCAUCAUAAAACAAAAAAAACAAAAAAACAAUUGUACUCUCAUUAAUUUAUAUAAAAAGCAGGAUUUGUUAACGUCGACAGUGACUACGUAUGGAAAUUUGCCUUGAAGAAUAACUGCUGCACCCUUAGUAUAUACAGUGGAAAUUGGCAUUAUUUUCCAAUUUUCAUCAACAAAUACAUUUCCAUUUCAUUGUUUUUUUUUUAUGUAUGUUUUUCAGUUUUCAUGUACAUACUGAUGAUCUUUUUUAUUAUCUCACUGAGAAUGCUUGUCGUGUAUUUGUGAUGUAUAUAUUACAUUGUGAUGUUUUGUACUCUGCCCCCAGCUCGUUUGUUGGCUUGGACAUUUGUCCACCUUGCUUUUGUGUUUUUUCUUCUUCUUUUUUUUUUUUAA